UGCCAUCAGAAAAUCGAAGAAAAGUUGUAUUCAUGCGGAUUGUUUUUCACGGAUUCUGUGCAAUAAAACAUAUCAAAUUGGUAUUUUGUUAAGUUUUCUAUGCUGAUUGCGUAGUAUUUUAGUUUAUGCGUAUAGACAAAAGUAGAGUCGUAAAUUUUCCAGCGCAACGAAGGAAUAUCUUGGGCGCCACGACCGCUUUGAGAAAAAUGCAAACAGCGCAGUUUGUCUAUGUAAGUUGAACGAAAAAGUGAUUUUAGUUCCUUAUUUCGCUUAUUUCACACAGUCAACGAGCCAUUGAUUGAACUAAAUGUUAGAUAUUGGUGUUUAAUCAGAAAAACAACAGGUAUAGCAGAAAUAUGCGAGGAGGCAUCUGAAUUCCGUCUCUCAAAGUCGGCAAUAAACACGCAAUAUGAGUUGGAAUAGUGAAUUUUUGGAAGCACUGCAAUCGUCGCCCGAUUCUAAAAAGCAUCAUAGCGAAACAACGAGGCUCCGCGUCUCAUCGCAGAUAUGGUCGAAGAUGUUCUUUCUGCUAGUGUGGUGCCUUUUACCACUGGUUACGAAUGGACUAUCCCCGACAAAGAGUGCGCAACAUCAAUCAUGCGACAAAACCAGGCGAGUAUUCAUGGAAACUUACGGUGAGAUCAGCGAUGGGCCAUCCGGAUACAAUUACACUCAAGAUUCGCAUUGCGAAUGGUUAAUACGGGCGCAAAAUGAUAGCCAGUUCAUAACGUUGACGUUCCGCAGCAUGGGAACUGAAUGUUCGUAUGAUUAUAUCUUCAUCUAUGAUGGUGAUUCGUUUCGAUCACCUCUGUUGGGGAGUUUUAGCGGAAAAACAGAACCACAACGAGUGAUAGCUGCUUCUGGGAGUAUGCUAGUGCUGCUCUACAGCGACACCAACUAUGUGCUGGAAGGAUUCAAAGCCGAAUUUUCGGUAACCAAUUGCCCUAACAACUGCACAAAUCAUGGAAAAUGCGUUGGCCAUAAAUGCAUAUGUGAAAAGAAUUGGAUCGGUUUGGACUGCAGUCAGGAGGCAUGCCCAGAUAAAUGUGGGAAGGAUGAUGGCAGAGGAAAAUGUUCGAAUGCAACCUGUGUCUGCUCCAGUGAAUACACCGGCCAGUCUUGUAGCCUGCAUAAAAACCGUCCUAUUCCUAAUGAAUGGCAUUGGAUUUCCAAUUCUAAAAAUGGUUUGAUACCUCGAGCAACUCAUACAGCAGUUUAUUAUGCUCCAACGGAUUCGCUGUAUGUGUUCGGCGGCUAUAAUCUGAAUCAAAUCCUGGACAGCUUGCAGAUUUAUCGAUUUGCCGAGAGCCAAUGGGAAAAUGAUUCGAGUCUAGGGCUUGGUAGUGAGGAUUUGCAUCAUAUGACGGAUGGAAUUAGUAGAAAGUCAAGUGGGCCAAACUUUUUCAACAACGUAAUAUAUUCUUUGGCCGACAAUCGGACUGGUCCUUUCGGAAGAAUGUAUGCGAACACUAGCAAACCCCUGGGGCGAUAUGGUCAUGCAGCCUGUGCAGUUGACGAUGGAUUCGUAAUAUUUGGCGGAAAACUGGCAGGUGGACGGUUAUCAAAUGAUCUGUGGCUUUAUAACAUCAGCCAUAACAAUGGAACUUGGUCCGAGAGAGCAAGGGGAUCUUCCUUCAAACCUCCGCCGUUGACGAGACACACGCUGACACUUGCUAAUGGAUUUCUCUACGUGUUUGGUGGCGCAUUGGAAAAUGGUGAAUUUUCGUCCCGUCUGUUCAGGAUAAAAAUAUCGGUCAAACCACUUGGGGAACAAUGGGAGGAAGUCACUCCCCGUGGUGGUAAAACGCUUGACCUUCGGAUGGUGGCGCAUACCACCUCGUAUCAUAAAUACAGCAAAUCGUUGAUAGUGUACGGCGGUGUGGUGGCAGGAGUUGCUAGGUUUUCGAAGCUAUCAGACCGAAUGUUUUCAUUUCAUCUAGAGCACUUACACUGGUCGGAAAUAAUGUAUCCAAGAACACCGCUACGAGAUGCUUAUAUUCCACGAGAGCGUGCCUUCCACACAACCACCAUCAAUGGUAACUACUUGGUUGUGUUCGGCGGCUAUACGCAUCGUCACAAUAAGGAAGAAAUCUGUUACGACAAUCAAAUGUACCUAUACCACUUGGGCUGCCACAAUUGGGUGAAUCAAGAUGUUCUAGGAACCAACCGGAACUCACGCUAUCCUAAGCAGCAAGGAGUUUUUGCCCAUGCAGCGGUUUUGCGAAAUGGUAACACACUGUUCCUGGUCGGAGGCUACCAUGGGAAUGUUAAUGGUGAUUUACUGGCUUACACAUUGCCACCGUUGCUAAUAGUAGAGAAUGAGGAAAACUUCGAGCCCGAAGCUGUUUGUCCAAAGUAUCAUUCAGUUACAGAAUGUCUCUCAGACCCGGAAUGUGGAUGGUGCUCGGCUGAUAAUGUGUGCUACGGUAGAACGAUUGUGAAUUGCACCACAAACUUACAAACAACACGAUGUCGUGGUAUUUGUCCCGCCCUUGGUGAUUGUCAUUCCUGUUUAAUCCAUGGAUCUGCGGCUGAAGGAAGCUCCAAGUCAGUAUCGAAUAAGCUUGGAGUCGACAAAUGCACUUGGUGUGUUCAGAACGCUCGAUGUCAGCCUAAUAAAGACAAUUAUGGUGUUUGUGGCGAAGAUACAGAAAACGGAUGGUGGGGUCCAACUGGCACGAAAGUAUUUUUUCCGGAUCAAUGCACUCAAAAAGAUACUCGACCAGGCCUUACUUUCCUGAAAUAUCUUGAUCCCGUUAAUUGGGAAAUGCCCGACUCAGUAAUGGUUGUCAAUGCAACUAUGGUAGACUUUAACAUUCCGUCUACUACGACACAUGUGGAACAGUCUUUCAACGGCCAUGUCGUGGCUCGAUUACUGGGAUUUAUCCGACCUCCAUCAGUUUGGAAAGGAGCCGAAGAACGCUUGCGAGCUUGUGCAAGUUACUCACUAGCUGUACUAUACAUGGCUUCAUCUGACCUGGGAAAUGCAAAAUCUGCUGAAAAGGUGGUGCCUGUCAUCACAGCAAACAUAAAUGCAAAUCAAACGAUCUGCCAGUUGGCUAAUUGGUCAAGUUUAGAACCCAAUGUGCGCGUGAUGGUCGACUUUCAAGCCAAGCGAAGCACGAAUGUAAAUAUUCAAAGCUAUCACCAGCAAAUUAGCAAAAUGGGAUUACAGCAUAGUGCAAACGGUCAGGAAAAUCCUAAAACCUUCACAUUCGAGUUCCUUGAACCAUUCUCGAAUGGAUCAUGCGAGUCCUACGCAAAUUGCUUGUAUUGUUUAUCCGAUUCUCUAUGUGGAUGGUGUGAGUUAACGUCAAAAUGUAUUUCUCGACAAGCGAAUGAAAGUAUUUCAUGCCGGAAAGGUUCCAAUUGGCGCUAUCUUACCGUACAACCAGCGCAGUGCUCCAACUGCUCCAACUAUAUUUCUUGUGAACAGUGUAUUCGAACGGGGCUUUGCGAGUGGUGGGCAGAAGAUGCCAGAUGUUCGCGAAAAGGGAGAUCAUUGACAGCGGUCACCGAUCUGGAUCAAUGCCCGGUUCCUUGCUAUCUGCGGACAAAUUGCUCCACAUGUUUGAACGAGCGGGGACGCUGCGUUUGGUGCGAAGCCACAAAUCAGUGCUUUAGUUUCUCAGUUUAUACAAGCGAGUAUCAGUUUGGAUUGUGUCGAGAAUGGCUGGAUCAAACGAUGUCGAAUACCGCGGUUAGCCAACACUCGAGUCAACCGGCGCAGCAGUGCAAAUCUUGUAGCAGCCAUCGAAAUUGUACUCAAUGCUUGCGUUCGCUCAGCUGUGGCUGGUGUUACGAUGCGGAUAAUCCGAUCAAGGGAGUUUGCAUGCAAGGCGAUUUCAAUCGCGCCACCUUCAGUUGCCAGACAGCAUUGAACGUAUCAACAGAUAAAUCUCGGUGGUCAUACGCACAAUGUCCAGAUGUAGACGAAUGUGAACUCGGGCUACAUGACUGUCAUAAGCAAGCGGAAUGUUACAACACUCACGGGUCAUACAGUUGCCGUUGUCGGAAGGGUUAUUUGGGGGAUGGUGUAAACAAUUGCAUCCAAACUUGUUAUGAAACAUGCGUCCACGGAUAUUGUUCCGGUGGCCCCGAUUAUAAAUGCCAAUGCGACCUCGGUUGGACCGGAAUAGAUUGCAGUAAGAAUUGUGAAUGUAAUAAUCACUCCACCUGUAUCCAAGGAGUGGGUAAAUGUGACAAAUGCAUGAACUGGACUGAAGGACAGUAUUGUGAACGAUGUAAGCCGGGGAGUUUUGGAAAUGCAACAGCUGAGCUGGGGUGCCAACCAUGCGACUGCAAUGGGCAUGGGAAUGAAGUGCUAGGCAUUUGUGACUCGCAGACAGGUCAAUGCUUUUGUCAAGAUAACACAGAAGGAUUAAAGUGCGAAAUGUGCAAUCGUAACUUUUUCGGAGACCCUAGAGACGGGGGACAGUGUUACUAUCAGUGUGAACCACGGGGCGUACUUACGAAUGUUGGAACCGAAGGAAUCGGCUCGUAUCAGUCGCAUCGUUCUUUGCGAACCGGAACCGAAGCACGUGAAUGCUUAUGGAUUAUUAGUCCCUAUGUGAAGCACGGUGUCGGACUAAAGAAUGCUAUUAUUCAGUUUGAAAUCGAAUCGCAAGACAUGAACGUCACUUGUGGACAAAAUGCGGUAUACGUAUACGAUGGGCUGCCGGACUUAACUGGUGCUACACAACAGAAGCAACUUUUGGCUGUGUUUUGUGGUGAAGACAAAAAACCUUGGGUAACGGAAGCACGAUCAGGUCAUCUCACGAUCCAUUACAGACGAGAAGGUCCUGGAAAAGGCUUCAAAGCAAUUUACAAUGUAAUGAGCUGUGCAAUCAAUACAUGUAAGCGUCCAUAUGUUUGUCAUGAAGAUAAAUGUGUUUGUCCAAAAGGUUUCGCUGGUCCUCGGUGCUCGCUUAAAAUAUGCCCCUCGGACUGCAACGUCGAUCGAAAGCAAGGCGCUUGUGACAACGACUAUGGACGUUGUAUUUGUUCCCCUGGCUUUGGGGGUGCCGAUUGUUCACGUUCUCUCAAACCUUCGAAUGUGGUGUUCCAAGAAUUAUUCAACUCAUAUCUGAUAUCGGAUGGUUUCGAGCAUUUACGUAAAACACUUCCUCGAUUUGGACACUCUCUGGUCGCAGAUCGUCGCGGAUCAUUGUGGAUGUUCGGAGGAUACUCGCUGUCUCAUGGACCGCUGAACGAUAUUCGACAAUUUGACACCAAAAAUAACACCUGGAUGCAAGUAACCGUCGAUUCCAGUCCGGAAGAUCGAAUGCCGCUGGGAAGGUACUUUCACGCUGCCGAAAUAAUAUUUUCAAAGCAAGCAAUCUACAUAUAUGGAGGGUUAUCUCGAAAUCAAACAUCACACCUGGUUUUGGACGAUUUUUGGCAAUUUGGAUUGCAAACGCAACGUUGGAGCAUGGUGACCCAAAACGGUGCCAAACCACCACCCCUGGCAGGUCACACUAUGACAAUGGUGAAAGAAGCUGAAAAGGAUGUCCUACUCAUCAUUGGUGGAUUUUCCGUAUCUGGUGGUAUGCAAAACCACAUCUGGAUGUUCGAUUUGACCUCGAACAGCUGGUCCAAAGUGCUUACAACCGGCUCCAAACCCGCAGGAAUCUUUGGGCAUAGCACAGUUUGUCAUCCUACGAAGCAGAUUUUGUAUUUGUAUGGAGGAAUUAUUUACGCCGGUGAUAAAGCUAGCGUAUCGAACAAACUGUAUGCCUUCAACUUUGUAAAUUUGAAAUGGACUGAACUACCAGUUUUCGACGAACCCACAGACUACGCUCCGCGGUACCUGCAUUCAGCUGUUACGACAGACCAUUAUAUGUUGGUAUUCGGUGGCAGAACAGAUCCCGGCAGCUCAUUAGAUCCAAUGGUAGCGUACAUUUACAAGUGUAAUCGAUGGUUAAAACUAGGCACAAACGUUGAAAUUGUAGGAAACACUUUCGGGCAAACCUAUGCUCAAGCAAUGACUGAAGACACCGAAUAUGAUGCGUUCUACGCGGUGGGUGGCUGGGACGGCACAAGCUACAGUCGUGUAACAAAAAUUAUUAUGCCAUCAGAUUUAUGCGAUCUCUGGAGCAGCUCGAAAUACAACUGCCGACAAUAUAUGGGCUGUAGCUAUUGUGCGAUCACCACUAUAGAAGGCUCCAAAACCCAUUGCUAUUCAAUGGAAAACUCAGAUGUGUGUGAUACUCAGAAUGGAACGCUGUCGUUCAAUAAUGGUGCUCAAUGCGAUGAUGAAUGGAUUUCUAAAAGAAACUGUUCGUUGUUCGAUACCUGUUCAACUUGUCUGGCAUCGUUUCCAUCCCACAUUGAAGUCGAUCCCGUUUGCCAGUGGUGUCCGGAUUGUGGCGCCCGCGGCAAAUGCUUAAAAUACGACAGCGAAUGUAUAACAGAGAACAAGUGUCAGUUUAAUCACUCAGCCAUCAUAGAUCUUGACAGUUGCCCUGCAUUCAACUGCGCUGCUUCUGAUUGCGAAAGUUGCCAUGCGAUGCCCAAUUGCUCUUGGACAUUCAACGGAAUGCAACACCAGUGCCAGUUCCGAAAUGAAACAGAUAGUAAUAAAAAGCCAGCUGCGUGUCCUGCAAACUGCUAUACUUACACUUCCUGCAGUUCCUGUCUCAGCCAACCGUCGUCCGAAGGUGGAUUCACUGACUGCAGAUGGUCUACCCAACUGAACGAAUGCAUUUCACCCAGUUAUCAGCCUAUCUACUGUGCGGGCAGCAUCUGCGGCCUUGUGUUGGAUCCACCCAACAUCGAACAAUGUCCAGAGCCAUGCGGUGCGUUCACUCAAUGUGCAACGUGCCUCCGUCACGCUCAUUGCGGAUGGUGCUCACGUAACGGUACCGAAGGCGAUGGGGUUUGCACAGAAGGCUCACUGGAUAGCCCUGUUGAUUACCCAGCUGCUUCGACAUGUGACGUUAUUUACAAAAAUAAAAACAACAUUACCGUUAUCGAUCGGAACGACAGAUUUAGCUGGAAUUACGUAAAAUGUCCCCCGGAAAAUGAAUGUGCCAACAGUCACCAUAGUUGCAAUGUCAAGUCGGAACGAUGUGUAGAUCUAUUGCACGGUUAUGAAUGUCAAUGUGCCGAUGGAUAUAAGUCUGAUUCCGGGGUUUGCGUUCCAGUUUGCAGACAAGGCUGUGUCCGUGGUAUGUGUACUGAACCAGACAAGUGUGAAUGUGAUUUCGGAUACGUAGGGGCCAAUUGCAGCAUACAAUGCCAAUGUAAUGGUCACUCAAACUGCGCUGGACCAGACCAACUGGAUAACUGUACACACUGUCAUAACAAUACACUCGGCACGCAGUGUGAGAAAUGCAUGCCUUUUUUUGUUCGGGACCCACCAAACAACGGCGAAUGCAUUCCAUGUAGCGAAUUUUGCUAUGGUCAUACCGAUCUUUGUGUUGCAAACACCACGCUGCCCAUCGUUAUCAAUAUGACCAGAGUGGAAUUGACAAACCAUCUUAAGGAAGGCCCCGAAGCAAAUGCCGUUUGUCUAAGAUGUGAGAAUUUCACAGAUGGGGAACGCUGCGAUACAUGUAUUCCGGGGUACUUCAGAGGGGCUAAUAUUCCAACCGAUUCUUGUCGACCGUGUCAAUGCCAUGGCCACGGUGAUACGUGCGACCCCGCCUCCGGCGAGAAAUGCAACUGCGGUAACAACACGGAAAGCGACAACACGUGCUCGGCGAAUAGAAAAAAUCUUCCAUACAGCUGCUGGUCGAUGCAGUGUACAAAAUGCAAGGAUUCCUAUUCAGGCCAUCCGUCCAACGGUCAUCAAUGUUACAAACACAUAACGGUGGAUUCAAGAAUGUGUUUCGAUGCCAAAACAAUCGAUGAGUGCAAAAUCAAACCACAGGCAUUGAAAUCCGGCCAAACUGUGUUCUUCGUCAUUCAACCACGGUACAUGAAUGUCGAUAUCAGGUUCAUCGUAGAUGUAACGCAAGGUGAAUUAGAUUUUUACAUGAGCCCCAAUGACGAAUCCUUCGUCGUUCAAUCGAAUAACAUCUCCGGCCAUCAUGACAUAUUUCUGGACAAUCGUUACUCCUGGCAGCAUGACUUGGUCGAUGUUAAAUCCGUCGACACGUUGAAUUUGUACCCUCUUAAUGUUCAUGGUAAUGGAUCUGACAUAAAUAUGGACACGGCUCUGCCAAAUGGACUAGGAUCUUCCAAUUGCCGAAUGGACACAGAGAAGUUCUUCUUUGUAAAGGAUAAAUUUGCUAAGGACUUGAUUACAUACGUUACGCUGUAUCAGUGUAACUCCUUGCUAAGAGUGUUCGGUUUAAAGAAUCGUUUAGUCGUGACACUUCCCCACACCGUACAUUCUCUGGGUCAAACCAAAUUUUAUAUCGCUUUGCGAGCGCGUGCCGGUUCCACGGCAAGCUAUGGGUUGGUAUUCUUCCGUCAAGAUCAACUCCACAUACACUUGUUUGUAUUUUUCUCCGUGUUUUUCUCGUGCUUCUUUUUGUUCCUUGCAAUUUGUGUCCUCGCGUGGAAAGCGAAACAAGCGGCUGACAUGCGGCGUGCUCGAAGACGCCACGUGGUCGAAAUGUUGCAUAUGGCCAAACGUCCAUUUGGUAGGAUAAACCUAACUUUAGAUAGUCCCAGUGAAACCCCUGCCAGUCAUCGGAAGCGAGGCCGUAGUAAACAUUUGACGGCUCAGCAAUUGCAGCAAGACAUUGCUCCGGUUGCAUUGGAGCCAACUUCGGACAACAUUGCCGCCGUUGGCACCGUUUUUGUACGUCUUCCAGGAAAACAAAAAUCACAAGUUACCCUUGCUUUGGCGUCGUCGUUGGUGGUCCUCACUCGGAAUCAUACUCCGUACAACAGAGCUUUUCAUCGGCGGAGGGGCUCGUCCCACCACCACCAUCAACAAGCGCAGAGCAUGCAGCAACAUUUGCAGGGCCAACCACUACAAGUGCCAGCAAUGUUUGUUGAGUUGCCACACGAACAAGUUCCACUGCAGCCAAUGGCACUGAACAGGCCCCUCGAACGUAACAAUUGAGGACGGUGGGCAUAGAAUAGCAAUUAUUGUUUUGUUCAUAAGUUUUUCUUUUUUUUACUAACUCACACUGUGGUUUAAGUUUUAGGUACGCACAAUCCAUGGACUGUUGUAGAUACUAUUUUAAGUAUAAGAGAAAGCAAGUUGUGAUAAUUUUAACGCAGUAAUGGUUUCCGUAAAGUUACACGAAUAUCCCAAUAGGGUAAGUGUAUCGGUUUUGAUAACUUCAAUCAGUACCUAAUUUAGCCAAUCCUUAAAAUACGCAAUGACGUAUUUCGUUCUUAACAGCGUAGAACCUAAUACAUAUGCCUCUUAAUAGAGCUAAAAAAUGCCUUUAUCUAGCGUUUUAUCCGAAAAAUUGGCCAAAUUGGGAGCCAUGGCCAAAACCGAUACAGUCACUCUAGUGCGAUGUUGCAAAAUGGUAUUAUUCAAUUGUUUGGAACAUACUCAAUAAGAGAAUUUAACGCGCAGCCAGUUUAACCAGUUUAUUAAACUGUACGGUCCAAUUUCUUCAAAACCUUUGCCAUAGGUUUAAACCUGAUUUAAGCUCUUAGCGGAAGUAACAUAAUUUACUCUCGACAUUAACAACGGAGUCCUGGAUAGUGGUUUUUGGAAGAAUACUGUAUAGAAUCGAUUUUGUUAUACAGCCAUAAUCUUAUUUGCAAACUUUUGAAAUUGCGAAUUCAGUCAUCCUAAAAAUGAUUCUUGAUUGUAUUGUUUACCACAUAACAGCUGCCUGUUUUCUGCAAAGACACCAAAGUCAAGAUUUAUAACCCUACAUGCUACUUACAUAUGCAUUGUAAUAGUCUCUCAAACGUAUGGUAAAACUGAAAGAUAGAAGUUUGCAGAAGCCAUCGGGCAUGCGUGGUGUGGUUUUUUCUUGUUGUUCUUGGUGGAGUGUGCAUUAAUAUUGCGGCAAGCAAAAUGGAUAGGUACCUAUACUGCCGUCAUACGCAUAUUUGUCCCAUGUUUGCUGGGAUUUGCUAUAUACAUGGGACAGUUAUGCGUAUAACGGCAAAAUACUAAGUCCUAGAAAUCGGGAAUCAACAAGAACAGAAUUUGCCAUCGCUCUAUUGGUAAUACUAUGUUCGCACUAGGGCCACAGAGAACAGACAUGGAGGCUCGAACAAAAUUUCUUACAAAAUAUGUGAAAACAACGGAACCUCAACGUCAUCAACGUCGACAUUGCAGCUCACAAUAUCAUUUUGACAACCCGAUGGCGCUGGUAUACUCUUGCAUGCAAAACGACGCUAGCGCACAGUGGAUUUUUUUUAAGAUGCUAAUGCUGAUUCUGCACGGGAUAACGGCGACAUUCCGAAGUUAUUUCAAAAUGAACAGUAAAAACUUAUCACAACAUAGCGAGUACAGCUUCAACGUCUGUUAUCUGUGCUAGGGCCUUGUAACAUGUUAUUCGGCUAUCUUGAUGAGCUUUUUUUCAGAGCGUUGUGCAAACAUAGUAGAAUCCAAUGCAAUUGAAUCAUUUGUUUAAGAAAUUGCAUUAAUUCAUUUUACUCAAUUUCGAAAAAACAAAAAAACUGUUUUUGAAUAAAUUGGCAUCGAAUAUUUUGAUUUCUUCGAUACAGAUCAAUAGUUUUUGGCAAAACUCAACACCCUGCGGCCUGCGGCAUUUCCAGUGCGUGCACAUAUGUGAUUUCUCAAACGAAAAAAAAAUCAUACAUUCCUGAAAAAAAAUUUCUUUUUUUUGUAUUUUUUUUUUGCCAGAGUACGUACUUUUGGACGAGGAUUCAGAUCAUAUAAAAAAUGUAACAUAUGCAGUUUCUUAAACAAACGGUUACAUUGCUCUCCUUUGGCAUAACUAUUUUCAAUAUCUAGGAUGAUUGGGCUAUAGCUAUAGCUAUGGAGCUAUAUUGAAAAUCCAAUGUUAUUACUAAUGAAAUCUGAUAUGCCUAGGUAAGGGGAUUAGUCUUUGGGCCCCCAACUCCCUCCUUUUUACGCCAAUUUUGCUAGAGACUAAUACUUCUACUACAACGCUAGCUGGCACAAGUAGACGGCACAAGUACAAUGAAUGCUGAACUGCCUCUCCUUGUCCCAUUAUAUGAAGGUACUUACCUACAGUGAAACUAUACGAACAUUUCGUUAAGUGAGUAUAAGUUAAAAGCAAUAUCGUCUUAUUUGAAUCUCUUGUUUCACAUAGUAAAAAACAUAAACUACUUAAAAUACAUUAGUCAAGUGGAGUGCGUUGCUUUUUAACGAUAAUUUAUAUUAAUUAUUUUAAUUGGAAACACACACAUAUGAAAGACAGAUAUUUAUAGAUAAUUUAUUACGUUAGGUGAUUGCCAGCAUAGCUGUAAGUAUGUAGGGUGGCUAUAGAUUUGAUAUUUUAUUUCUAUUAUUUUCAAGCUUUACUGUAACUUGACCACAAAUCUCGUAGUUAUACGAAUAAAUCAUACGUCAAUUUUGAUCCUAAAGAUCUUUCAGAUUUCCACUGGCGAUAAUAGAAAUACGACACGAUCAAGCCGAUUGUUCCCUUAUGUAAUUGAAAUAACUAUAAAAGACAGAUAUUUAAUUAAAACAAUGAGUUAUGUGGAAAAUUGUAUAUGUAGGGGUUUACAACUAUUGGGUUGUCUGUCACACCCCAGAACAGCAUUUUAUAGAAUUCCAUUCUCCAGAAUGACAUUUCGCAGAAUACAUCAUUGCCGGAAAAUAAUACCAAGAAAUAAAGACAUUAAUACAAUAUCACAUCACUACAAUAGAAACAUUGUCAAGAGUUUGAAAUAC